UUUUGCAUAGUCUGCGUAAGUUUUUUAAACUUCACCACCGUGGCGAAGGCAGAUAACCAUACAGCCUGCCCAUCGUCUGUAGGCACCUGAGUGCACUACGUGGACCGCUUGUGCAUUGUGAAGGAACGCGUGUUGUAUAUUUUACGUGAUAAAGAUUCGACUUUUGAAACGGUUGUGUUGUGCCAAUUCGUGGAUUCCAAAUUCGAAUUACGAAAGUUUGAAAGUAGCGUCGGAACUAGAUUUAAGUUAGUAGUGAUUGUUGUAUCAGUGUUAUUAAUCAGUGUAGUGACUUAUCAUUCUCCAAGUUAAGACUUUGUUAAUUUGAUGAGGCGAUACCUUGAGGAGAUGGGGAUGUUGUGGAGGCUCCCCUUUUUUGGGCCCAAUUAAUGGACGAGCAAGAUGGAGAGACGCGAGGAGGUGUACCGUCACGGCUGCAUCGCGAAGCAGACGAUCUUGACGACGCACCCGAGUGGUUUGCAGACGAGGGUGUCGGUGGAACUGGCGAAUUUCGACGCUGUGUGCGUGCACUCUGAAUGCAAAGGGAGUCCUCUUAAGAGACCGAUGUGGGAAGGGAGUCCGUUUUUGGGGAGGCGUGGGCUGCUGGGUGGGGUGUCUGCUAACACUACACCGGUGCUUGGCAGACGGAGUGAUGCAGUCAAUGAGGGGAGAUUGUCCCAGCAGUGCACUCCUGUUAUGCGGAGAAGGGAGAUGCUGGACAGCCCGGGGGGGUCUCCACUGCCGUCUAGAAGGGGCGAGGAGGAGUUUGAAGAAGGCUGCGAGGUGGACAACAGCGUCAUCAGCGGGUGGCUCAAGUUCCGAGACAGCAAGCGGUUUUCAUCUCAAAACGCUCACGUGUAG